UUUCCCUCCCGGGAAGUUGCCAGAACUAACUCUGGGCAGCACGGCCUCCUUCCGGCUUCUCCAAGUCCUUGCGGAAAACUUUAUUGACAAAGCCGCCAGAGAAUGGACAGUGGACACCGUGAGGGGCUGAAGCUGGGCUGGGUCGCGGCACUUGGGCCCACAGCUAAGAGCGAGGCUUUGCUUUGUGCCGCGGGGGCCGUUUGGUGCAUCCCUCCGACCCUUCACCCCGCCCCCCUUAUUUGAGCCGCGCCUCUUUCCGAUUACUGCUGAUUCCUCUUCUCAUUGUAUCCCCCACUUGAACAAACAAAAGUGUAUGUGAAAGUUUCCCUCGGAAAGGUGGAACGCAAGAGUAGGCCUUCCGAGACCUGAGCCUUGAACGGGCGCCUCGGCCCGAGCUCGGCUCCCCAUUGCGAAGACUAACACCUGCAGCCCCGCAAACAUUCGUAGAACACUUGCUGUCUUCCAGCCGCAAGCCUGGACUCUGGAGAUGCAGGGAUGAGCAAUCCAGACACUGUCCCGCCCUCACAAAGCUCAGAUGUCUUCUGGGGUUUGGAGACACAGGCAAAGGGAGAGAGACGGAGAGGAAUACUUGCAGAGACAGCAGGGAGCCGGGCAGCUCCUUCCCAGACGUUGGAGACCCUCCGCCUCUCCAGAUGGAAAGGUGAUAGGACCUCAUGGGAGACCCCAGAACUGAGGCCCCAGGAUGACAGAACCUGAGGCCCUGGCCCUGCUGGAAGUGAAAGGGUCUGAGGCCCUGGAGAAGAGCCCACCCCAGGCAUUGGUCCCCAAUGGCCGGCAGCCAGAAGGGGAAGGUGAGGCUGAGUCCCAUGGAGCUGAGUCCGCCAAGGUGGGGUCUUCAGCUGGGUCUACCAUGGCCGGAGAGGGGGCUGAGGAUGGUCUCGACAGCACAGUGAGUGAGGCUGCCACCUUGCCCUGGGGGACUGGCCCCCAGCCCAGUGCCCCAUUCCCAGACCCGCCCGGGUGGCGGGACAUUGAGCCCGAGCCCCUCCAGUCAGAGCCACCCACCAAGCUAGAGGAGUUGUCCGAAGAUGAUGCCAACCUGCUGCCCGAGAAGGCGGCCCGGGCCUUCGUGCCCAUCGACCUCCAGUGCAUUGAGCGGCGGCCCCAGGAGGACCCGGUUGUACGCUGUGAGGCAGGCGAGGGAGAGCGCCGCCGGGCCUGCCUGCCGGCCCGGGCCACCCAGCCCGAGCCCUGUGAGCGCAAGUGGGCCGAGGCCGUGGUGAGGCCGCCUGGCCACUCCUGCGGGGGCUGUGGGAGCUGCGGAGGCCGUGAGGGGCUGAAGGCCGUGGCCUCAGUGGGAGCUGCCCUCAUUCUCUUCCCCUGCCUGCUAUAUGGGGCCUACGCCUUCCUGCCUUUCGACGCCCCGCGGCUGCCUACCAUGAGCUCCCGCCUCAUCUACACGCUGCGCUGCGGGGUCUUUGCCACCUUCCCCAUCGUACUGGGGCUGCUGGUGUACGGACUGAGCCUCUUGUGCUUCUCGGCCCUGCGGCCCUUUGGGGAGCCACGGCGGGAGGUGGAGAUCCACCGGCGCUACGUGGCCCAGUCGGUCCAGCUCUUCAUCCUGUACUUCUUCAACCUGGCCGUGCUCUCCACCUACCUGCCCCAAGAGACCCUCAAACUGCUCCCUCUGCUCACUGGUCUCUUUGCCGUCUCCCGGCUGAUAUACUGGCUGACCUUCGCCGUGGGCCGCUCCUUCCGAGGCUUUGGCUACGGCCUCACGUUCCUGCCGCUGCUCUCCAUGCUGGUGUGGAACCUCUACUACAUGUUCGUGGUGGAGCCCGAGCGCAUGCUCACUGCUGCCGAGAGCCGCCUGGACUACCCCGACCACGCCCACUCUGCCUUGGACCACAGGCCUCGGCCCUGGGGCUGAGUACCCACCCCAGCCCUGGUGCC